GUUGAGUUAGCACAGCACCCAACCAAUGGGACGCAUUGCAAGAGCAAGCUCUCCUGGCAAGAAGGCACAAAACAAGUGGGAGUAGAAGUGGCGCGCUGUUCACUAGAAUAGUGAUACUGUCGCUAUGGCUACCACUGCAACAGUUCGUAAACAAUCCAAUUUAGCCUUCUUUCUGAUUCUGGCGGUUGGCCUCCUUCAGCUCGCCAAUGGUCAGUCAUGUCCAUCCCGAUGCCGCAGAUGUACCGAGGGAAAGGUGGACUGUUCCAGCAUGAGUUUGACUGCACCACCAAAGACCUAUCCUCGGGGGACCAUCAUCAUCAACCUGGCAAACAAUCACCUUCGAGUUUUGGGCUCGAGAUCCUUCGACACCAGCAACACGGUGGAAAUGCUGCAGCUGAAUGGAAACAAGCUGACCAGUUUAAAAGCUGACUCGUUCAGCUUUUUCCCAAAGCUCAUGUCUUUGGACCUCGGCAGCAACAUGAUUAACCACGUCCAGAAACGAACGUUCCGAAACAUGGCCAAACUUCAGUCGCUGGUCAUCACCAGAAACAAAAUCAGCUCUCUGGAUUUCUUGGAGGAUGCCACGGCACUUCAGCAGCUGAAUUUAGCAGAGAACAAAAUCAGAGCGCUGAGAGAGAAUGACUUCGCUACGUUGACACUCCUUCAAAGUCUUGACCUGAGGGACAACCUAAUCAGCUCCAUCCACAGCGGCACUUUUAGCAAGCUGCGGAACUUGAGGUCCCUAUAUCUGAACAAAAAUCCUCUAGUUACAACGCCACAAUUCCGUUUUGGUAGCGAGAUUCUGCAAGUGGUGGACUUUACCAGCUGUCAACUGACCAAUGUGCCCAGCCCGUUACCAGCGUCCGUCUACGACCUGAGACUUGGACAUAACAAAAUCAGUCGGGUGUACCAUACAGAUCUACGUAACAUCACAGAACUUCAGCUGCUAGGCCUUAAUGAUAACAACUUGGCCGUAUUGGAUGACGGGGCCUUGGACCACCUUCAGAACCUGAAAGAAGUUUGGCUUAGAGGAAACAACCUGGUCUAUGUACCAAGAGAUCUGCCAAACAGUGUAUCCAAAAUUCACAUGGACAUGAACCGCCUGGCAGAGAUCGAGGUCGGCGUUUUUAAAAGCCAGUCUAGGCUAGAAUACCUGAGCGUGGAAAACAAUGAAGUCAGAAGAAUCCUGCCUAACACCUUCAGCAGCCUGCAGUUUUUAAACGGGCUCAACUUUCAGGGUAACAGGUUAGAGGUUCUACAGAGUGGCGCCUUCGCCAACCUGGGCACCAUCAGCACCAUAAAGCUGUCUAGCAACCCAGAGAUGAGGAGCAUCCAAGCUGGCGCCUUUCAGAAUCUAGCCAACUUGACAAAGCUCCAUCUGUCCUACAUCUCAACGGAACAAUUUGAGCUUCAAGAGAACUUUUUAUCACAGAUGCUGAGGCUUCAGAUGUUGGAUCUUAUGGGCAGUCCUGGCCUCGCGGAUGCCUUUAUGGCCAUGAUAGACAAUCCAGCUAAGGUGCCUACUGCACUACAGAGUCUGACUUACCUGGACAUGAGUUUUAACAAUCUCUUUAAUGUCAGCUCCAGAAUGCGCCAAUUGUUCCCAAGCCUUACCUCUUUCUUUCUGGACCAGAAUCCAUUCAUCUGCAUGCGCUCUUUGAAAUGGCUUAAAGACUGGAUGGUGUCAAGCCCUCAGAUUAGGUUCUACCAAUUCGAAGACCUGAAGUGUAACAGUCCAGUUAGACUGUAUGGUCGAUCACUUAGGAGUAUCCAAGACAGCGAAUGGGCGGACGCAGAUGAAAUAGAAAACGAUCGACUCCUGGGCAGGUCGGGACCUGAGCUUGCUUAUGCAGACGACAGCUCCAAAGUUGAAAUGCCAGCAGUGCCACAGAAACCAGAGCAGAAAUCAGGCAGAGGUAAACAACCCAAAGAGGAAAAGAAAGAGAAGCAAAAAGGAAAAGACAAGGGAAAUAAAAAUAAAAAGAAAGACAACCCAAAGAAAGCUGAGAUCAAACAAAAGAAAGGCAAAAGAGGCAGCGACAAAAAGAAACCAACCAAAUCUGGAACUGUCUCCAACUAAAAUUAAUUUCAUAAUUUAAAAAAAACUAGGCUUCAUCUACUAAAAAUUAUCACUAAUUAAUUAUUUCAAAGUUGUAUCGCAAACACUAUCAGUAAAAAACGUUUUUACAUAUAGGAUUGUAAUAAGACAUAAAACUACAUUGACUGCUUCCAGUGUUGGUGUUACUGUAGUACAGCUACAGAAUGUCUACAUUUCUCAUGUAGAGGAUGAUUUAUUUCACAGCUAUACUUCACAUGUACAGAAGGGUUAUAUCACACAGCUACAGAAUGGCUACAUUUCACAUGUACAGAAAGAUGAUAUAUUACAUGACAUAGCCAUUCAGUUACCUUUUCCACAAUGCCUUUUAGGUUUAUAUCUUCACCAUCUUAAUCUGAGCCAAGAGUACCACAUCAGCCAGAUUGUAUUCAACAACCUUAACCGCUCAUUAAAGUUGAAUAUACAAAUAAACAAGAGAACUUUUCCCUUUACACAGAGAAUGUUAGACAUAUGUUUCUUCCUUUAGAGCACAAUGGAAAUGUUUUCAACAUCUUAUAUUUUAACAUGAUAUAUGCGAAUGUGUGUAGUUUAAACAAAUAUUUGCCCAUUUUUUUAAACAAUCAUUUAUAUUGUCAUAUAGUAUUAUACAUACAGAACUUGUGAGAUAAUAGAGAACUUGUGAGAUAAUAGGAUGCAACAGUUAUGAAACUAUUUUAAGUGUGACUGAAUAGAGCUUACAGAAAUGUAAACAAAGGCACAUAGAAAAAAAACCUGUUGAAGAGACGCAGGAAUGGAAUAAUAAAUGAUCUCCUCUUCACCCCACACAAAGUAUGAGAACAAGAAGUGACUUAUCAAAUGUGAUGAUAGUUCAAAACAGUCUCUAGAGAUCUGCCAUGCUCUCACUUGUAGCUUGUCUCUAAUGUUUGGUCUGACAUGAUGUCUCAAGUUUUGAUUCAGCUGCACUAUCUUGACUUUAGAAAUAAACAUCCAACUCAUCAAAUGUUUAGCAUCAAAAAUGGAAACAUCAAGAGUGGGGUUUUUAUAUUUGUUGUACACAAACAUCCUCUGGUUCCUUAUUAUGUUUGUUUGUUGUUGAUAGCAGAAACUACUUUAAAGACCUAUGCAUCAAACUGAACAACUUUAGAUCCAAUUUAUAUAUUUGAUCAUCUUGUAUGAUUUGAUCAUUACUACGAGUGUUAAUAACAUUCAACAUUCGUACUCUGUUACCAUCAGGCACAAAUCUGUUUCUGAUUUCACCGCCAGGGGGCACAAAUAUUAAAACUUAUUUCUUGACUCUA